AGACGAGCCAGUAGUCAAUGCGGCGUGUUCUCAUGUCGUCCUAGCCGAUUUCGCAGCUGCUUCCCGACUACGACUUGACGAAACGCUGCAUUUCACUUCUCAUCCCUCCUUCAAAGUACAGUACAAGCUCAAUCGCACAUACCCUCGCAUACACACUCGCAGCAUAUCCUCCUUCACUCGUCAGUUCUUCGUUGCUAUUCGCGAAAACGAUGGUUCCACCCACAGCAACAACAACCGGCAGCCUCCGCAACUCCGCGAUAUGCCUCCUCUCAUCGACCGCUCGUCAACGUUCCUCUAGCGCAAUCACACAGGCGGUAACACUAUCGGCGCGGCGAUGCGCUUCGGGCUUGGUGAGACGGGCGGGCACGAAAUUUGAGCUGAAGGGUAGGGCGCCGACUGUGGUGCCUGGAAGUUUGGCGUGGAGGAGGGCGGCGGGAUUGGGGGCGGAACAACAACGCCGCACAAUGUUCAUCCAAACCGAAUCAACCCCCAACGUCGACUCCCUCAAAUUCAAACCAGGGCAGCAAGUCCUCCCCGCCCCGCAAACCGCCGAAUUCCUCUCCCCCCGCGACGCCCUCGGCACCUCGCCCCUCGCCGCCUCCCUCUUCCGCAUCGACGGCGUGCAAUCCGUCUUUUUCGGGCCGGACUUUAUCACCAUCUCCAAGGACCCCGACGCGAACUGGCAGCUCAUGCGGCCGGAUAUCUACGGCUGUAUCAUGGAUUUCUUCGCGACGGGUCAACCCGUUAUGCGUGCGGCGGGAGCGGAGGGCGAGGACGGCGCAUCGGUCCUGCGGGGCGACACGGAGAUCUUACCGGAGGAUUCGGAGGUUGUGGCGAUGAUUAAGGAGUUGCUGGAUACGAGGAUCAGACCGACGAUCCAGGAGGAUGGCGGGGAUAUCGAGUAUAAGGGGUUUGAGGAGGGGAUUGUAAAGUUGAAGCUGCAGGGGAGCUGUAGGACGUGUGAUUCGUCGGUUGUGACGCUGAAGAAUGGGAUUGAGACUAUGUUGAUGCACUACAUCCCAGAAGUCCAGGGCGUCGAACAAGUCCUCGACCCCCACGAAGCCGUCGGACAAGCCGAGUUCCAGAAAUUCGAGCGCCAGCUCCAACAGCACCAGCUUGGCGGGGUCUGAGAUCUCUGGCUUUCCCCUUCACGCCGCCCAUCACCAACCCAGUGUUCGCAGCCCGGAGUUCGGGCAACGCACUAUCUCGCAUUAUCUACGCCCGAGAUGUCACAACACUCUUUACAUCCCCGUUACGUGUCUGGUUCGAGCGUUCAUGCAGUAUCCACACUCGAAUCCCUCAUCGUAGAUUCACCCA